AUGGCCCAGACGCAGCCCACAUUCAACGAUGUUUUCGAGGACGGCGAUGUCGAGGAGGUCCAGAAGGACCCCCAGACCAUCCACCACAUUCGUGCCAACUCGAGCAUCAUGCACCUGAAGAAGAUUUUGGUUGCCAACCGUGGUGAAAUUCCCAUUCGUGCCCACGAGCUGUCAUUGCACACCAUCGCUGUCUUCAGUUAUGAGGACCGUCUCUCCAUGCACAGACAAAAGGCCGACGAGGCAUACGUCAUUGGCAAGCGCGGUCAAUACACCCCGGUCGGUGCUUAUCUCGCUGGAGAUGAGAUCAUCAAGAUUGCCGUCGAGCAUGGCGCGCAGAUGAUUCACCCAGGAUACGGCUUCCUGUCAGAAAACGCCGAGUUUGCGCGCAACGUUGAGAAGGCCGGCCUCAUUUUCGUCGGACCUACGGCCGAUGUCAUUGACUCGCUAGGCGACAAGGUCUCCGCCCGAAAGCUCGCUAUCGCUGCCGAUGUCCCCGUCGUCCCCGGUACCGAAGGCGCCGUUGCCACCUUUGAGGAGGUCAAGAGCUUCACCGAUCAAUAUGGUUUCCCCAUCAUCAUCAAGGCCGCCUACGGUGGUGGUGGUCGCGGCAUGCGUGUCGUGCGCGAGCAGGAGAGCUUGAAGGAGUCUUUCGAGAGAGCCACCUCCGAGGCCAAGUCUGCCUUCGGCAACGGCACCGUCUUCGUCGAGAGAUUCCUCGACAAGCCCAAGCACAUUGAGGUCCAGCUCCUCGGUGACAACCACGGCAACAUUGUCCACCUUUACGAGCGUGACUGUUCCGUCCAGCGUCGCCACCAGAAGGUCGUCGAGAUUGCUCCGGCGAAGGACCUCCCCACCGAGACUCGCGAUGCUAUUCUCAACGACGCCGUCAAGCUGGCCAAGUCGGUCAACUACCGCAACGCCGGUACCGCCGAGUUCCUGGUCGACCAGCAGAACAGGUACUACUUCAUCGAGAUCAACCCCCGUAUCCAGGUCGAGCACACCAUCACUGAGGAGAUCACGGGUAUCGAUAUCGUGGCCGCCCAGAUCCAGAUCGCCGCUGGCGCCACUCUGCAGCAGCUCGGUCUGACACAGGACCGCAUCUCCACGAGAGGUUUCGCCAUCCAGUGCAGAAUCACCACUGAGGACCCCGCCAAGGGCUUCUCCCCUGACACUGGAAAGAUUGAGGUCUACCGCUCUGCCGGUGGUAACGGUGUCCGUCUCGACGGUGGUAACGGUUUCGCCGGUGCCGUCAUUACCCCCUACUACGACUCCAUGUUGGUCAAGUGCACUUGCCACGGCUCAACAUACGAGAUUGCCCGCAGAAAGAUUCUCCGUGCCCUUGUCGAGUUCCGUAUCCGCGGUGUCAAGACCAACAUUCCUUUCCUUGCGUCUCUGCUGACGCACCCCACCUUCAUCGAUGGCAACUGCUGGACGACCUUCAUCGACGACACUCCUCAGCUGUUCGACCUCAUUGGCAGCCAGAACCGUGCGCAAAAGCUUCUCGCGUACCUUGGUGACGUUGCCGUCAACGGCAGCAGCAUCAAGGGCCAGAUUGGCGAGCCCAAGUUCAAGGGCGACAUCAUCCUGCCCGAGCUUCUCAAGGAGGACGGCACCAAGCUCGAUGUUUCCCAGCCCUGCAAGAAGGGAUGGAGACAAAUCAUCGUCGACCAGGGCCCCAAGGCGUUCGCAAAGGCCGUUCGCGCCAACAAGGGCUGCCUUCUGAUGGAUACCACAUGGCGUGAUGCCCACCAGUCGCUUCUGGCCACGCGUGUUCGUACCGUUGAUCUCCUGAACAUCUCCAAGGAGACCAGCCACGCCCUGUCCAACCUGUACGCUCUGGAGUGCUGGGGAGGUGCCACCUUUGAUGUCGCCUACCGCUUCCUGUACGAGGACCCCUGGGACCGUCUGCGCCGCAUGAGGAAGGCAGUCCCCAACAUCCCCUUCCAGAUGCUCCUGCGUGGAGCUAACGGUGUGGCCUAUGCGUCCCUUCCCGACAACGCCAUCGACCACUUCGUCGAGCAGGCCAAGAAGAACGGUGUCGAUAUCUUCCGUGUUUUCGAUGCCCUGAACGACAUCGACCAGCUCGAGGUCGGUAUCAAAGCCGUUCACAAGGCUGGAGGUGUUGUCGAAGGAACAGUGUGUAUUUCGGGUGAUUUACUUUAUCCCAGUCGUUCAAACGUUCAACGUCCCGCAUCCACGCCUACACUUUCAUCUCCGCCUCCAUACGCCAUGGCUUUCCAGGCCGGCACCCUGGAAGAGUUCAUCCUUUGGGUGUGCUGGGUCAUGCUGUGCCUGUCUCCAAAGUGGGCUGUCAACCCCGUCUUUCACAAGAUCUUUGCUGCCAAAGAGGAGAUGGCCGCGUGCUUGGAGCAAAGUCCUAUGUACUUUGCCUCUGGUCUGUGGGACGUGGUCCGGUCCGAGACGCCUCCUGCUAUCGAUUUCUUCAAGAGCCUCCCAACACAGUACGUCAAACGAUGGGCGAUCUACGUCCUCGUUCUUGAGAAGGCCGGUUCUAUUCCCAAGAUCUACAUUGGUGCAGGAACCGAGAAGCGGAGCGGUGUUGCCACGAGGAUGGGGCAGUACCGUCGAGGAGAGAACUAUGCUGCGAACGUCCGAAAGGCCCUCAAUGACGGAUAUCACAUUGUUCACAUGGGUCUUCUGUGUUGGAUGCCUCUACCUCCAGCCUCUGCACGAAUCAGAUGUCGCUGCCUGUUCCUUAUCCUAGAGGCUGCCUUUACCCUUUGGUUCUGGGCCAUGGCAUCAAACACGGCAAACUACGGAAUGCCGGUGUCUCUACGUCCUUGGGAUCCGGAGACUCUCGAGUACAAGGGAUGUUACGGGCAUUUCUCACUGAGGGAGGGCGCCAUCGAGUUGAACGAUGACCUAUCGUCCGCCGAAAUCAACGUUAUCGAAGCAGAGCGACGUCUGAAGAACUCUCGGAGAGACGCCAAGGUUCGCGGCCCUGUGCGCACCGCCCGAGCCGCCAAGAAUCAGCGGCAAAGGAACUUGGCAGCUAGAAAAUGGUUCUGUCACGCAUGCAACGUCAAUUUUGGUGCCAGAAACCAACUGCGUCACCAUCAGACGCUCCAGAAGCACACCGACAACGUUGCCGGCAUCACGAAGCUGGUAAAAAACCCUCGUGCGAAGGCUCGCAACCAGGAGAACUUCGACUCGAAGCGGUAUUAUUGUUCCAUUUGCGAUUACACCGCCAAGACGCAGCAAAAGUUGAACUGCCACCUUGAGACCAAGAAGCACGAACGGAACAAUCCGAAAAAAAAAUACAAUCUCGAAUACUACCUCAGCUUGGUCGAUAAGCUGGUCGCCCUCGACAUUCAUGUCCUCGGCCUCAAGGACAUGGCCGGUGUCCUCAAGCCGCACGCAGGCACUUUGUUGGUUGGCGCUAUCCGCAAGAAGUACCCCGACCUUCCCAUCCACGUCCACACCCACGACUCUGCCGGUACGGGUGUUGCCUCAAUGGUCGCUUGCGCCCAGGCCGGUGCCGAUGCUGUCGACGCUGCCACCGACAGUCUGUCCGGUAUGACUUCUCAGCCCAGCAUCAACGCCAUCAUCGCUUCCCUCGAGGGCAGUGAUCUCGACCCUGGCCUGAACCCCGGCCAUGUCCGCGCUCUGGACACCUACUGGCAGCAGUUGCGUCUGCUCUACUCGCCCUUUGAGGCUCAUCUCGCUGGCCCUGACCCCGAGGUGUAUGAGCACGAGAUCCCCGGUGGUCAGCUCACCAACAUGAUGUUCCAAGCAUCUCAAUUGGGUCUCGGAACGCAGUGGGCUGAGACCAAGAAGGCGUAUGAGCACGCCAACGAUCUCCUCGGCGAUAUCGUCAAGGUCACACCCACCUCCAAGGUCGUUGGUGACCUGGCACAGUUCAUGGUCUCCAACAAGCUCUCCGCUGAGGAUGUCAAGGCCCGUGCCUCCGAGCUCGACUUCCCCGGCUCCGUCCUGGAGUUCCUUGAGGGUAUGAUGGGCCAGCCGUACGGUGGUUUCCCCGAGCCCCUCCGCUCCGACGCCCUCCGUGGCCGCAGGAAGUUGGACAAGCGCCCUGGUCUGUUCCUUGAGCCCGUUGACUUGGCUAAGGUCAAGCGUGACCUCCACAAGAAGUUCGGCGGUCCCGUCACCGAGUGCGACAUCGCCGCGUACGUCAUGUACCCCAAGGUCUUCGAGGACUACAAGAAGUUCAUCCAGAAGUACGGUGACCUCUCCGUCCUGCCCACCAAGUACUUCCUGUCUCGUCCCGAGAUUGGUGAGGAGUUCCACGUCGAGCUCGAGAAGGGCAAGGUCCUUAUUCUCAAGCUCCUUGCUAUUGGCCCUCUGAGCGAAAACACUGGCCAGCGCGAGGUGUUCUACGAGAUGAACGGGGAAGUCAGACAAGUCACCGUCGACGACAACAAGGCCUCGGUUGAGAAUGUCAGCCGUCCCAAGGCCGACCCCUCCGACUCUAGCCAGGUCGGCGCUCCCAUGGCUGGUGUCUUGGUUGAGCUCCGUGUCAAGGACGGAUCUGAUGUCAAGAAGGGUGACCCUAUUGCUGUUCUCAGCGCCAUGAAGAUGGAAAUGGUCAUCUCUGCUCCUCACAACGGCAAGGUCUCCACCCUCCAGGUCAAGGAGGGCGACUCAGUCGACGGUUCGGACUUGGUUUGCAGGAUUGUCAAGGCUUAA